AUGGGAAGGGGGAGAGACAAAGAAAGAGUCAUAGGUAUAGUCACGUAUAGGGAUGCUUAUCGUUUCGCAAAGAAACAAUAUGAGCUCGGUAAUUUCCCACAUCAACUUUCAGAUGACUUUUGGAGAAAAGAAAAUCGACAAGGAAGGAAAGCUGUCGAUGAAGCUAAUAAAAUUAUAACGGACAAUGUUAUGGCUUCCAAAAAAAGAGAAGUUGCAAUUAUUAAUGUAGAGGACGCAGUAUUUAAAAAUACAAAUAACCCACAAGCAUUAAUUAAACAACUUAAACCUUUAGAAUUGCAAUUAUACAAAAGCCUUGAAAUAGAAAAAGCGUUAGAGGAUAAAUUAACUUAUGCUAAAAAGGAAUUAAUUCAGUUGAAGGAAGAGAAAAAGAAACAACAAGAAAAGUUAAAAAAACUGGAGGAUGCUUUGUUCAAGCUCUUCGAAUAUAGUGCAUCCUCGGAUGUACCAUUAACUAAUUUAUUGAACACAGGUAAAACAAAGCACAAGCGUGUUAAAAAUGCAUUAAAUAACAUUUUUUCAAAUCCUGAAGAGUUUUUCUUUUCAAAAAGUGAAACAGAAAAUAAUGAAAAAAAUGUUGUUAAUUUAAACGAAAAAUUUCUUGGGAAGAAAAAGGAAAAUAUACUCGAUGACUAUGAUUUCUAG